UGGGAAUGUGCGUUGGUGAGGCCUGGGGCGCGUGAGCGGUGUGUGCGCGCGCGUGUGUGUAUCGGGUCUGUCGGGCGCUCGCUCUCCCCACGGCUCUGCCGCCAUGAGCUCCAUCGGCACCGGGUAUGACCUGUCAGCUUCCACAUUCUCUCCAGAUGGCAGAGUAUUUCAAGUUGAAUAUGCUAUGAAAGCUGUGGAGAAUAGUAGUACAGCAAUUGGCAUAAGAUGUAAAGAUGGUGUUGUCUUUGGAGUAGAAAAACUAGUCUUGUCCAAGCUUUAUGAAGAAGGUUCCAAUAAACGUCUCUUUAAUGUUGAUCGACAUGUUGGAAUGGCAGUAGCAGGACUCCUGGCAGAUGCUCGUUCUUUGGCAGACAUAGCUAGAGAAGAAGCUUCUAACUUUAGAUCCAACUAUGGAUAUAAUAUUCCAUUGAAGCAUCUUGCCGACAGAGUGGCCAUGUAUGUACAUGCCUACACACUAUACAGUGCUGUCAGACCUUUUGGCUGCAGUUUCAUGUUAGGGUCUUAUGAUGAGGAUGAUGGUGCUCAGCUUUACAUGAUUGAUCCAUCAGGUGUUUCAUACGGUUAUUGGGGGUGUGCCAUUGGUAAAGCCAGACAGGCUGCAAAGACAGAGAUUGAAAAACUUCAGAUGAAAGAAAUGACUUGCCGUGAUGUUGUUAAAGAAGUUGCAAAAAUAAUCUACAUAGUUCAUGAUGAAGUGAAGGAUAAAGCUUUUGAACUUGAACUCAGCUGGGUUGGAGAAAUAACAAAAGGAAAACAUGAAAUUGUUCCAAAAGACAUCAGAGAAGAAGCAGAGAAAUAUGCUAAGGAGUCCUUGAAAGAGGAGGAUGAAUCAGAUGACGACAAUAUGUAACACAUUGUUACUUCAAGACAACUUUCAAUUUUCUUAAUUUGUAGAAGGGGUUAAUGUGUUAACCAUGGAUUAUUAUUUACUUGCUGGAAAGAUGUUAACUUGCACUAAAAUAAAUUUCCCAUUUACUGUCA